ACGGUGCGAGAUGCCGUCGGCUGGCCAGGCGUUGCAUCGCCAUUGGGCGUGAGCGACCAACUGUCCCAACCCGCAUCCAUGAUUGGCCCAGUCAGGCACUUGACCGGUGACAUGCACCCUUCCGGGGCUUGUUCCCUGUCUCCUCCGCCAUUUUUUGCUCCCUCGCCCACGGAAUUGUUCGCUUUGAUGGAGCAGGCCGGCGGUGGCUAACAAUCACAAAUACUGCACGGCCGACGGCAGGGAGAGCAGCCGGGCUCGACAAGCUGCUGCUGGUAAUGAAGUCGUUGAGAAAUCGGCAAACAGUCAUCAACCUCUCAGCGCAGAGACGGACUCCUGCGUGCCCCACCAGCAAGAGGUGCUGGCUGAUGAUGCGGUCGGGAAGUUCCACUCGCGGGCACAGGGUCGGGACCGGGGUCGGAGCUGGGGUCAGGGCGAUCUCAAAUGUCGCCUCUCAGUUCUCAUCCCGGUUGAGCUUGGGUCGGCCGCAGUAUGCGGCAUCGCAUGUGGGGGACGGCAUAUUGGUACUGUGCGCCAGGCCCGCGGCUGCGAGGCUGGCCGGAUCGGAUCAGAGCGACCCCCCAGGUUGUGGCUGCUCGACCCCGGCUGGACAACACCGUCUUCUAAACUGUGGAAUGCUUGGAACAGGCUCAGGCGCCCAAUCUGCGUUUGCAUCUCGCCCUUUUUUAGCACACACGCACACACAGGCACACGCACAUACGAAUACGCACACCCCUCUCCCUCACACCACACAGGCAACAACAGGUACAGAACACGCAGCCACACGGUGUACACCCUACGCCCCGGGCCACACCCAGCGAGUGCAAAAGGAUUCGGUACAUGGUACUUCACCCGAAGCACACGGCGGCGGCAUCUCGCUCCUCCUUCGGUCUCCACGCACACUGGUAGUGCAGACUUGCAUGGUACUCACUAGGCACGUUGCCUGCUCCGGCAUCGUGAUGUAGACGCCCGGUCAACCAGUCAGUGAGCUGGCAAGGUCAACCUUACACCAGUAUCUUCAAACACCCCUGCCUGCGCUUCCGCCGCGGAAGCUCACCAAGUCCCCGCUACAUCCUAGCCUCCGGGCUGCUAAAGGUACCAAGAUACAAGGCGCCCGCAAUCUGCAUAACCCCUGCUAGGGAUCGCCCCUUCCGGGCUCUCGACAGCAACUGGCAGAUAACUCCCGGGACCCCAGCCCAUUCGCCGACCAACAGAUCAGCCUUG